AUGCUGUCUCUACUGCCAGAUCUCACACCACGCGACUCCCAUUCGCUCUGGUAUACAUCCCCGCGCAACCCGCUAUCGUCGAAUAACACCAUCGAUACGCGCCCGAACGCCCACGACCACCACCACUCCAACAACCCGCAUGGCGCCCACCACCACCAACACCGGCGCGGCGCGCACCUGGUCGAGCGGUCCCUUCUCGCGCGCCUCCGCACCGACGAGCAAAACCUCGACCGCCGCCGCCACAACGUGACCAACUUCGGCAGCACGUGGCUGAAGCCGCUCGGCGUGCCCAAAACCCUGCACCAGCUGCGCGAGGAGCGACGCGAGGCCGAGGAGCACCAGGAGGCCAUGCGGCGCGAGCAGCUCGCCCAGGAGCUGGCCGAGGCCGAGGCAGCCGGCGCCGGCGGCGUUGACGCCAUGCUGGAUGUGCCCGGUGGCGCCGACGACGGCAUGGAUGAUGUGCAGCUGGACGGCACGCGCGACCUGGACGAGGAUAUACCCGAGGCCGAAUCCGCAGACUUCGGCAUCGACAGUGAUGACGAUGAGGACGACGAAUACGUGGAGGGCAAUGAAGAGGAAGAUGCGGAGCAGGAGGCCGAGGAGAGGGCAGCGCGCACGCAGCAGCAGUUGAUGGCGCAGAGGAUGAGACAGGCCGACGAUGCAUUCCGAGAGAACCUGGCUCGCGGGGUCGAUAGCACCGGCUUCUACGGCGUCGACGAGGAGGUCGACGACGAGGACCAGGCCCAGAUGCUGGAGGAGGAAGACCUGGUCGGUCACGGAGACGACGGCGGCGACAUGGGCAUGGACGCCGAUCUGGACGAUGAGAUCCCCGAGGCUGAGAGUGCGGGCUACGAGCACACGGACACGGAGGCGGAGCUGACCAACAGCGACGAGGACGAGGAUCGUGCUGAGAUGAGCUUUGCCGCGCAGGCCCCUCAGGCGGCUAGAUUCCGUGGCAGCAUGGCGCGCAGUGAUGCCACAAGAAACAGUCUCGCCAUUAGCGACAUACUCUCUCGGGAUGGCAGUAGUGUUCCGGGCAGCAGCCCCGCCGUCCCGCGGCAGCCGGCUGGGCCUGCUCGUCGAGGACGAGGCUGA